UCAGGGUAGAGAGAGGAAGCUGAUUAUGACGAGACAAAGGUGAAAGGAUAGACUUCAGGAGCAGCGACAGAGCGGGCAGAUCUCCCCCUCGAGAUCGAGAUGUGGGACUAGCUGAAGAAAUGAAGGUAAAGCUCCUCAUCGCAAAAUGCUUUGAAGAUGGAAUCACUCCAGAAAACCUCUGUCAUGGAGAAUUUGUGAUGGAAAAUGGGGUGAAGAUCUUCAAGGUAGAUGAAAAUGUGGGUAGAUUGACGACAACGUGGCUCAAAGAGAGAGUGGUCACAGUCAUCUUUCCAGGAGCAGCAAGGGAUCUCCCUCUGAAAGUGAGGGAAAAUCUAAUAAGGGCAUAUGAAAACGGAUGGACGCGCCAGCGGAUUUUUGAUCGAAAGGUACGAAGAGGGAGAACUCACAGUGAGGGGCCAAAUAUUAUCUCCUAUAUUGCAAUGACUACCGAAAUAGCACAGUGGAUGGUGGCCAAGGCAGAGGACAAGGUAGUAGUGGGGGGAGUAGAGUACGCAAUGCUCUUCAAACCGUGGAUGACGAGGAAAGAGUUGCAGGAUAGGAGAAGAGUGGACAACAAAACGAAGUUUUUGGUGAUUGCAUUGAGAGUUCCGAUUCGGGCAGCGUUCCACGUUCACGACAUGCUAGAGAAGUCGAUGGGCAGGGUGGUUAAAGUGUACGACGCGGAGCCAGAUAAAACUCGACCGAAGUUGAUGAACAGAAAGUAUGAUCUCAUAAAGGAGGCGAAGGGCAAUUUUGAGCAGGAGCUACCGAUGAAACUGGAAGACGGCGAAGUUAUGACGAUAAAGUUUGUAUGUAAGCAUACUCCUUGGUGCCACCGAUAUCGCUGGUGGUUCCAUACGGCUGAUAACGGAUGUCCUCGUGCAGAAGAAGAAGCAGAGCAAGAUGGAGCGGGAGGAAGAUCGAGAGGUAACUUCAAUUUUAACCCCAAGACAGCGGAUUUUCGGUCAGCGGGCUUCCAUAGGGGCAUCGAGGAAGCAGUCGGAGACAUGCAAGUAAGAAGUGGACAGAGACAACACUCAGCCGUCCAAUCUGGAGGGAGGAUACCGAGAGGGGAGUCUUCCAAUCAAGCACAGCACUCAGUCUUGCAGACACGAGGAAGUGGGCUGGCAGAAAAGGCCCAAGAGGUUGGCAGCCACAAGGAGGUGGGACGCAACAAGUCCAGCAGAUGGUUGGGAAUAACCCCAUAGGAGGAGACCCGAUCGGUGCUUUCAUCCCGUAUGUGAGUAGUGGUCUGCAUCCCUGGCAAACCCAAUA